AUGAAGACAAAUGUUUUGAGAGUGUGGUAUGUGCCUGUGUUGGUGCUGUGUCUGAAUGCAGCUGAGGAUUUCCAAUGGACAAAGAAUAACCCGGGCUCCUUCUAUUAUGGCACUUUCCCAGCUGGUUUUUUAUGGGGUGCCGGCAGUUCUGCCUACCAAACUGAAGGGGCUUGGGAGGAGGAUGGAAAAGGACCAAGCAUCUGGGAUGUUUUUACUCAUAAAAAGGGAAAAGUGUACAAAAAUGACACAGCAGAUUCAGCAUGUGAAAGCUACUACAGAGUGAAGGAUGACAUUCAGUUACUGAAGGAUUUGAAAGUCCAUUACUAUCUGCUCUCCAUAUCAUGGCCUCGCAUUCUGCCUACUGGCAUCAAAACAGAAGAAGUAAAUGAAAUGGGAAUACAAUUCUAUAAUGAUACAAUUAAUAGUCUUCUGGAGAACAACAUUAUCCCUUUUGUGAGCCUCUACCACUGGGAUCUUCCACAGGCACUCCAAGAGAAGUAUGGGGGCUGGCAGAAUGCAAGCCUAAUAAAUUACUUUAAUGAUUAUGCAAAUCUGUGCUUUGAGACUUUUGGUGAUCGUGUGAAAUACUGGAUCACUUUUAGUAACCCUUGGGCUGUCGCUGAAGAGGGCUAUGAGACAGGAAAACACGCACCAGGACUGAAGCUCAGUGGAACUGGGGCAUAUAAAGCAGCUCAUCACAUAAUUAAAACUCAUGCAAAGGUCUGGCAUUCUUAUGAUAAGACAUGGCGCAGGGAGCAGCAAGGGAUGGUUGGAAUUUCCUUAACUAGUGCCUGGGGUGAACCUAUGGAUCUAAGUAACCAAGAUGACAUAGAUGCUGCUGAGAGAUACGUUCAGUUUUAUUUGGGAUGGUUUGCAAAUCCUAUUUACAGAGGAGACUAUCCAGAAGUUAUGAAAGAGUAUAUAGGUAGAAAGAGUGCCCAACAAGGCUUGGGCUUGACAAGAUUACCAAUCUUCUCAGCACAAGAGAAAAGCUAUAUUAAAGGCACAUCAGAUUUCCUGGGAAUAGGUCACUUUACUACUCGCUACAUUACUCGGAAGAAUUAUCCCUCCCUGCAAGGUCCCAGUUACUACACCGAUCGUGAUUUGCAGGAACUGGUAGACCCAAAGUGGCCAAACCCAGGAUCCAAAUGGUUAUACUCUGUGCCCUGGGGAUUUAGAAGGUUACUCAACUUUGCUAAGACACACUAUGGGAACCCUCUGAUUUAUGUGACAGAGAAUGGGGUUUCUGAAAAGAUAUACUGCAUUCAACUAUGUGAUGAAUGGAGAAUGGAAUAUCUGAAAGGGUAUAUUAAUGAGAUGCUGAAAGCAAUAAAUGAUGGAGUUAAUGUUAAUGGGUAUACUGCCUGGUCUCUAUUGGAUAAAUUUGAAUGGAAUAAAGGUUUCUCUGAGCGAUUUGGAUUCUACCAUGUUGAUUUUCAAAAUAAGAACAAACAUCGACACCCAAAGGCAUCUGUUCAGUACUACAAGAAAAUCAUAAGUGCAAAUGGGUUUCCAAAUCUAAGACAGGUGGAAAGUUGGUAUUACAAGGCCUUGGAGACUUGUUCUACCACAAACCAACUAGUUUCUGAAGAUCCUUUGACUACUCGCAUGGAAAUGGUGACUGAGAUUGUUGUGCCUAUAGCUUUCACGCUCUGUAUACUUAUCAGUGCUGUUUUACUAGUAAUCCUCCUUCGGAAGUGCAACUAAAAUUACAAGUUUACACACACUUCAUUUUGCAUAAGUAAUAAAAUGCCAUGAUAGUCUUGCAUUGUUUUAAAGGGCUUCCACAGAUGCCUUCUUUUCAUAAUGCUGUAAUGACAAAGAAAUAUGGCUUCUGUAUACAUAUUGAUGCUUCUAUAUUUUAUUCACUUUCAUCCCCCAGACAUAAUUUAGAAAUGUUAUCAAAACCAAUGCAUCUGUUUCAGUAUUUUUUAAUUAAAAUUCAAUUAGAGAUUUUAUCUUGAACGUUUUGCAAAACAUUACACGUGUUCUUCACUAGGAAAACAGUUGGCCGAGAUGAAAUUUAUUCAAACCUUUCCAGAUUUCAAGGGUAGGCAGACUGAAAACAGAACUUUUGAACAAUCUGUUCAUCGAUACACUUUUUAAUUAUCAUGUAAGUGCUGUUUUAAAAAAAUGAAGACACGGAAUAUUUACAGAAUAUAAUUUUAAAAAAUUAACAAUGGUUUAAACAUUAAGUCAUCUUUGCAUCCUUACAAGUAAGGCAUGUUUUAUUACCCAAAUUUUUAUACUUUGUGAAAAAAAUUAGAUAUUAAAUGGCUCAUCGAAAGCCAAAUAUGAACUUGUAUUCAAAGCCAGGACUAGGAAUCCUGAUCUCCAGUCUAGUGCUCAAACCACCAGGACCUUCUUCAUGAUAUAUCUUCUCUUCAGUGUAUAAAGAUGUGGUCUCUGGGGCCCAAGUACCUUGAAACAAGAAUCACUAAAUUCAGUCCUCCUAUAAGCAGGGACAGCUUGAUAGGAGGCACCUGCAUACAAAGAACUGUUAUUGCUUCCAGCAUAUGGUGAGUAACCUGCCAUUGGCAAAUCUGAAAUCAUUCCUGCCAAAAAUGAUAUCAAGCUUCAUAUUCAACUUUCCCUAAGAUUUUGUUAGUAAACCACCACAGGUGUGCAUGUCAAAUUCUAAGGACAGCUGUGUGUUAAAAAUAGGCAUAUUUAGUGCAUCCUAUAUUCAAGCAGGGUGGAUAAAAUAGAGGACUUAAAAGACCCAGAUUUAAACUGGAACUUUU